AUGGAUUCAUCACGUAGGAGUAACACAGAUGAACAACGAUGUAUUAUGGGCCUUCAAGAUUUAAAACUCUCCAAUAAAGUUGAAGAUGUAACUGAGCAAGCGCACGGCGCCGUAACAUCGAACACAAGUUCUCUGGCCAAAACCCGACCUGUGGGAGCAAUAGAGAGCUUUGUAUUGGAUAAUAGCCAAAACAAUCGUCAAGAUUACAGCUUUUACGAGAGGUCGAACGUCAUAGCUGCUUCAAAGUUUGCUACGCCUAAACGAGUUGAAACUAUUGCGUCGAUCAAUAAACGCGAUAUAAACACUGCAGCUCUGCCUUCCAGUCCGACACGUUCCAUAGAUUCUAUAUCACAAAGAUCACUCAGUUAUCAAACUGAUGACUUGUACGAGAUCCCGGCGAUUCCAAAUGCUCAAUACCCGCCACCAGUUUAUGAAAACAUAGAUUAUUACGGUGAGCAGCGAUCACCUCAACCUCCGUACUAUCAUCAGUUGUACGGGCAGGCGCCGCCGCCGCCAGUGUCUGACGGAUACUACGAUACACGUUAUAGUAAAGCUCAACCUCAAGUGCCAGUUAACUCCAAGACUACUAAACCUAACCCACUAGUGUAUGAAAACAUGUUGUGUUCUGAUACUGAUAAGAAAAGUGAGUUUAAGCCCCAACCAAACCAUGACCAGCGUUUUAUACAGCAGGGAUCAGUUCCUGGACCACAAGUACCCAACACUGGAGCUAUUAGGAGUAUGGCACAAAUGUUAUCAAGUGACAAAGUAAAAAUAGAUAAAGCUCCACCACCUCCCCCAUACAAUACAUCUCAAGAUAAUCCAGGAAGUGACUACACAGUAAUGAAGUCUGCCCCUCCCAAGUACACUGACGUGAGUGCACUGCUCAAGAGUGAUAAUUCUAUUAGUUUUGAUGAUAAAGUUGUGACCAUACCAUCUACAGCAAUAUAUGCAUCUAUAGCACCAAGUGCACAAAGACCUAAGGCUAAUAUUGCUACUGAAGUACAAACUGCAACAGCAAGUCCCAAAUUCUUUCAUCCUAAGCCAAACAUUGGCAAUAGUAUCGGAAAAGAGAAACCUUUAAUCAAUGGAGGCUAUAAUGCCAAGCCAACAGUUGGUGGUAGAAUGCAGAUAGUGGAAGACACAAAUGGUUCAGACUAUGUGUGUAUGACUGGUGGUUCUCCUGCAGCUGCAGUGGCAGCAGCUAACAGGGACAAUGUCUCCAUUGCCUCAGAGUCUAUUACUUCUAGGAAUUUGGUAUCAGGUCUUACAUCUCUAUGUUCCCCGGCUCAAUCCCCUGCACCCAGUCCAACUCCAAGCUCAGUCUCUCAAGUGUCAGGUGGUUCUCGAGGCUCUGGUGGAAGGGGCAAAAGCUUGUUGCCUUACAGCAUCACACCACCUCGUCCUCCAGGUCCCAGUGAGGCACAACGUAAAAUAGAAGAACUCACUAGACAACUUGAGGAAGAAAUGGAGAGGCAAGAUGAGGAGGGUGAAUACUUUGGUAUUUGUCAUACAUGUGGUGCUGGAGUCACAGGGGCAGGCCAGGCUUGUCAAGCCAUGGGCAACCUCUAUCAUACAAAUUGUUUCAUCUGUUGCUCAUGUGGCCGUGCAUUACGAGGAAAGGCUUUCUACAAUGUGCAUGGGAAGGUUUACUGUGAAGAAGACUAUUUGUACUCUGGAUUCCAACAAACUGCUGAGAAGUGUGCAAUAUGUGGUCAUUUGAUAAUGGAAAUGAUUUUACAAGCAAUGGGCAAAUCAUACCACCCAGGUUGUUUCCGUUGCUGUGUUUGCAAUGAAUGUCUCGAUGGGGUGCCCUUCACUGUGGAUGUUGACAACAAGAUAUACUGUGUGAAUGACUACCAUCGCAUGUUUGCGCCUAAAUGUGCUAGCUGUGGAAAAGGUAUUACACCAGUUGAAGGCACGGAUGAAACAGUGCGUGUUGUCUCAAUGGACCGGGACUUCCAUGUUGACUGCUACAUGUGUUGUGUUUGUGGAAUGCAACUAACUGAUGAACCUGAUAAACGCUGCUAUCCUUUAGCUGGUAAAUUAAUGUGUCGCGCUUGUCAUUUGGCCACGAUCGGAGCGGCGACGGGACCAGGCCACUCGCCAGCGCCUCAUCUCUCCCCCGCUUCAUACCAGUACAUGGGUUGA